AAGUGAGAGAAAGGAAGAAGUCCAUUCGAGCAGGAGGCAAGGGAUGAAAAAAUUGACUGAAUGACAUUGAAGAGAAAUGCAGAGAAGAUCAUUGGCUGCCUGAACUCUAACGUGCUGAGUCAUGACCUCAUUCUGCCACACGUGAACUUCUCCCAGCUGUCCACCGUAGACUACACUGAGAUUUACGGUGUCAUCAAGACGUUGAAGGAAGGCAGCUUCGCCAAGCUGGGCCUCGACCCUUGUGUUCUGGAGGAUGAGCUCAACAAGGUGCAGUGGGUCUGUUUGUCUGGUCUGUGAGCUCUACAUCAUCCAUCAUCAACUGGAUCUGAAUAUGAUCUUCACAACACCAUACCAACUAGGCUUUUCUAGUCAUCCUUAUGCUGUACUUAUUAAACUCCUUUUUGUCUCUUCGGUCCC